GACUCGAAUGCGGAUGGAUUGAAUAGCUUCACCCUUCGCGAAGGCAAAUCUGAGUGCAUUAUAGCGACUGAUCACGAAAAGAACACUAUUGCAAAUUGAGUUGCAUGUGUGAUAAUUCUUCACUGUUCAGUGCCGGAUAGAUUGAAUUUUGCCUCCACUCGGUGGAAAUGUGCUUCUUUACGAUCGCUGGCGCUGCUUCAGGCUUAGUGAUAAUUCUCAAGUGAUAAAAGCAAAGUGAUUGGACCAGUAAAUUAACGCCAAUCGACAAAGCCGGGAAAGGCUGAGGAGGAGGAGGAAGACCACGAGCGAAUGUUCUAAAUUGCAUCGACUCUUCAGCUAAAAUGACAAAAGUUGAUUGCUUCAAGAAGUUCUUCCUCAAGAUUUUGCUCCAAUUCACAGUGGUACUCUCGGCUACAGGACACAGCCAGAAGCCCAGCGGUGAACUGGAGCCUGAGUUCUUGGCGCCGCUCGAAAAUCUAACAGUAACCCAGGGCAGGGACGUCUCCUUCACUUGUGUCGCCAACAACUUGGGGGAGUAUCGGGUGGCAUGGAUAAAGUCAGACUCGAAAGCUAUUCUGGCUAUCCACACUCACAUGGUGGCACUAAAUCCACGAUUAAGUGUGACACAUAAUGGCCACAACACGUGGAAAUUGCACAUAUCACACGUCCACCUUAAUGAUUCAGGCAGCUAUAUGUGUCAGGUGAACACUGAUCCGAUGCGGAGUCAGUCUGGCUAUCUGAGUGUGGUCGUACCGCCGGAUAUUCUGAAUCUGCCCGACACCAAUAGCGCCACCCAGGAGGAGGGCAUCACCCCCGAAGGUGGCACCGUGUCAUUAGUUUGCUCAACCACGGGAGUUCCCAUGCCAUCGGUGCAGUGGCGCCGCGAGGGUGGCAAGGAUAUUGUGGUGCGCAAUGAGGGCCGAGAUAAACAAGUCGUGAAGCAUGUCGAUGGCGAACGUCUCACGUUGCACAAUGUACAGAGAACUGACAUGGGAGCUUAUUUGUGUAUAGCUUCAAAUGGCGUUCCACCCUCAGUCAGCAAGAGAUUUGACGUGAAAGUGAUCUUUGUCCCAGUUGUCCGUGUUGUAAAUCAAUUAGUCGCAGCUCCAGUGGAUCGUCAUGUUCUGCUCCAGUGUGUUGUGGAAGCGUUCCCCAAACCUCUAAAUGGAUGGUAUAGACACGAUGGCACGAAAAUCUAUGAGAGUUCAAAAUAUCAAAUGACAGAGGGCUUGAUAAAUACCUACACGUGGCAGCUGAAUCUCACAGUGAAAAACCUUCAGUUUGACGACUUUCACACUUAUGUGUGCUCCAGCAUCAACGGCCUGGGCAAGUCCGAGGCCAGGAUCCGACUGCAAGAACUCCGACUUCCGCCAACCUCAACAACCACACCAACCCCUUAUAUGUACACCACGGCCAAGCCGAGACGAAAGGCCACGCAGAGCCACAUCAAACCGGCCACAUUUGAUGUGCCCAAGAUCAAGGAGACUGUCGUCACGAAUCAUGUGCAAGAAAACGAGAUUGCCGGUGCGGCUCUUGAAGUUUUAACACAAGUGCCAGUCAGAGCGGGCAUCGAGAAGACACGGAACACCCAAAUGCCUGCAGCCGUUCCGUCGCGACGGACUCCGUGGAUUAAUUUGUACGAUCCGACUGGAUGUGGCAGCGUCAGUCAGCCCUGCAAUUACUGUCUACUUCUUGUACUGCUCCCAGCUCUUGUGCGCCUCACCGGGCGUCCUGUGUCGUAAGAACACACGUUCCCCUUCCCCACAUCGAGAUUGAAUAUUGUACAAAUUCCUGCGAGAUCGUUUUCCCUCUUCAUUUUUCUCUUUUAUUUUUUCCCCUUUUCUCCACAUCCCACGAGCAAAUCCACCCUCUAUUGCAUUCUCUCCCCCUUUUGCUGGUUAACCACUCGAGAUCCCCACAAAGCCAUCCUUUGCUCUCCUUAUCCUUCGGGUUGGCGAGGUGAAAUUUAUUGAUAUGGCGGCACAAGGAAUCCCCCGAAGGAGAGGAAUUCAGGCCCGCAGACAAAAAAAAUGGAAGAAAGAGAAAUGUUUGAUAUGAGAAUUUUUAUAAAUUUAAGAGGAGAGAUUAUAAAAAUAGAUGUCUUCCGUAUUUUUAAUAUAUAAGUGAUGGUGAAAGUGAAACAUGUCACAAGAGAGAAAAAUUACAUUGCUUACAAGCUCGAUGGAUUUAAGUUUUGUUGCGCAGAAGACAUAAAUUUUCCUUUUCCCCUCUGAAUUCGCUUUUCUACAAUUUAUUGUGUUUCUCGCCGCACAAGACCAAGAAAAACUCCUCUCAAGGUAAAUAGCGAAGAAGCACAAAUGAUGAAUUUGUGACAAUAUUAACUCUAUAUAAUCGAUUGCAAGUCUCUCAGAAAGUUGAAAGCUCAUGCCACUUGGUGAGAAUCUUCUCGGCAAGUACUAAGCGAGUUGGGCCUGAAUGUUGAACCGCAGUGGACUUUUUGAGUGUACAUUUGUGGAGUCUAAAGAGAAAUGUUGAAGAGGAUGAAAAAUAUCCUCUUUUCAUUGUAAAUAAUUAACCGUGUUAAAUACUGAGACAGUAAGAAAGAAGAGAAAAUUAAUAAAAUCUUUCAACUGCCCAAAUAUUCUACUGUUAGUCACGAAUUUAUAUAUACGGAAAAUGCUACUACUGAAAUAGAAAUCCUUUGAAAAGAAAAGAAAACAUGUAAAUAUCAUCAUAUAUCAAUUUAUCUCCCAAUGAUGAAAACCAAAGAAGAAACAUUGAACAAAGUGAAAAGAAUUCCUAAUGAAGUGAAUUUCGAAAGACUUUCCGUUAAUUGCACUUCAGAUGUGAAGUUAUUCUAAUUAACAAAAAUAGUGUGUUAAGAAUUGUGUAAACCUAGGAUAAUGUCAUUGAACAAGUAAAGAAAACAACAUUAUAAUUGAAGAAUCAGUUUAUGAUUAUAAGUAAUAAAAAUGCAUGACAAUAAAUAUUAUUAUUUGAAA